AUGGAUACAAAGAACUGUUUAUGGCUAUCUUGUCUCGUCACACUUGCUGCAAUCCUCCUCAGCUUUGUUGUGUUCAUUAAGAAGAAGACCAGGAACACUUCAUUAGCAUCUUUGAAUAAUUCUUCAUUGUCCAUCUCUCCACCUGUAGGAUGGAACUAUGAAGUGUUCUUGAGUUUUAGAGGCCAAGACACUCGUAAAACCUUCACUGACUACCUCUACAACGACCUUGUUGACGCAGAAAUUCGCACGUUUAGAGACAACAAUGAGCUUCGCAUUGGAAAGAAGAUAGGUGAUGAGCUUCUCAAGGCAAUACAACACUCAAAGAUAUCCAUCCCAAUCUUUUCCAAAGACUAUGCUUCAAGUAAGUGGUGCUUGCUUGAGGUCACCAAGAUGGUUGAGUGUAAGAGGACAUCAGGGCAAAUCAUAAAACCCAUUUUCUACAACGUGGAACCGUCCGACAUGCGAAAGCAGAAGGGGAGUUACGAAAAGGCCUUCCGGGAACACAAGAAGCAUUUUGAUAGUGCUACUGUGGAGGGGUGGAAGAAAGCCUUGAGGGAGGUUGGGGAAUUGAAGGGAUGGGAAGUGAAGAAUGUUGCUGAUGGGUAA